AUGGCAUUCAUUCAGGAGACAAAAUCACAACAGAUGGAUGAUGUUAUGGUUUCAGCUUUGUGGGGUAGUAACGAUGUCGAGUGGACGGCAAAGGGUUCGGAGGGAGCAUCAGGGGGGAUGUUAAUUAUAUGGAGGAAAGGUGAUGUGGAACCUUUAUUCAGUUUCAGAACAGAAGGAGCUUUGGGAGUCUGUGCUAACUUUAAAGGUCAGGCUUUCUUUUUCAUCAACGUUUACUCUUCGUGCCAAAUUGAGAAGAAGAAAGCUUGUUGGUCUGAUCUUGUCAAGCUUAAGAACAAGUUUGGACAUGGUUGGUGGGGUAUAGAUGGUGAUUUUAAAACUGUGAGAGAUAAGAAGGAAAAAGUAGGUAGGAGAGGAGUUAACAGAAUUUUAGAAACAACAGAAUUUAACGAUUUCAUAGAGCAGAUGGAUUUGGUGGAUUUACCUACAAUAGGCAGUAGAUUCACAUGGUCGAACAAGGAGGGUAGCGCUAGAAGCAGAUUAGAUAGAUUUCUGUUAUCUGAAUCUCUAAUAGAUAGUUGGAAGAUUGCAAAUGACACAAACUGGGGACCGAAACCAGUUAGAGUAAAUAGCUGUUGGUUUGAGAACAAAGAUUUCAAAAAAUUUGUGGAAGAAGCGUGGACUACAAUUGAGGUGCAAGGAAAUCAAGCUUAUGUGAUGAAGGAAAAAUUCAAGGCACUAAGAAACAAGUUGAAAGUGUGCAAUAUAGAGUGUUUUGGCUGGGUGGAUGUUAAGGUGGAGGAAGCAGUGGCAAAUUUGAACGAAUGCGAUAGAAUCGUUACUGAGGGAGAAUCCGAAGAUGGGUAG